UCUUAAUUAGUAAUUAAGCACAGUAUAAUUAAUUAAGUAGUUAUCUUUGGCCAUUAGAGCACAUAUAUUGGUAUACUAGUACUACUAGCUGCUGCUACCAGCUGAACCGGACCUCCUAAUUUCCCCACCGCCUUCUUUCCCCUGAUUGGCGAGCUCCUUUGAGUCGCUCCCAGUGUCUUCUUGUUUCCACCAGUUCAUCCAUCUGCCUGCCCGGGAGCCACCGCGCCAUCCAUAGGCCUCCGCCGUCGCCGCCUUUGACGGCGGCCACUGACUGCUAGUGCCUACUCGGUGGCCAGCGUCGCAGAUUGACAACUGCUGAGGAGGUGGGAAGGGAAGUGAACUCUGUCUAUGCUUGAUCUGAACUUUCUGCUGAGGAGGUGAGAAGAAGAUGAAGUUUGUGGUGGGUCAUUAGGAACGACCAUGAAGACUCUUUUUGGCAAGCUGGAUCGACGGCCUUCGAGGGUGUGCGCCCGCCAGUGAGUCAGUGACUGCUCAAGACUCCUCAGUAACCAGCUUAUUGUCCAGUUUGCAGAUCAACAACAACAGGGGACAGAUUAUACUAGCAAAGUCUUGCACAGAAAAAAGAAGACUUUUAUUAAACAGCAGAGAAGGAGAAGAUGGAGUUUGUAGUGGGUGCUUCGGAAGCCACCAUGAGAUCUCUCCUAGGCAAGUUGGGCGGCCUCCUUGCCCAAGAGUACACUUUGAUCCGUGGUGUCCGCGGUGACAUCCAGUACAUCAACGACGAGCUCGCUUGCAUGCAGGCCUUUCUUGGCGACCUCGGUUCUGCCCUGGACGACCAUGAUCGCCGGCUCAAGAACUGGAUGAAGCAGAUCCGUGACAUGGCAUACGACAUGGAAGACUGCAUCGAUGAUUUUGCUCAUCGGCUCCCUCAAGACUCCCUCAGCGAUGCAAGAUGCUCUUUCAUCGUGACGGCAAUCUACGAGGUAUGGACAUUCUGGCCUCGCCGAGACAUUGCUUCCAAGAUUGCCGAGCUCAAGGUCCGGGCACAAUACAUUGCUGAGCGACGCAACAGAUACGGAGUGAACAAUCCAAACCCAAGAACAAGCUCUGGAGCCGGAGCAACCCAUGCUGUUACGUAUGGCAUUGCUGAGCAUUUGGUUGCAAGCCGUCAGCUCAUCCGCACAGAGAACCCCGUGGGAGUAAAGGUGGACAUGGAGAAGCUCGGGGGUUGGCUGACCAAACGUGAUAAAGGCUCUCAUCGAGCUGUUGUGUCCUUGAUUGGAUUCGGUGGUGUGGGAAAGACAACCAUUGCCACGACACUGUACCGAGAUUUCAGGAAUGAAUUUGACUGCCGGGCAUCGGUCACGGUGUCUCAGAACUUUGACGAAGAUGAAGUCCUCAGGGAUAUUCUUGGUCAAAUCAAGCCAAAAGAUAGUCAAAUCAAGCCAAAGGAGGAGAAGGAGGGCAGCAACACAGGGAAGUUGCAGAAGAAAAGCCUAGUGGAAGACAUUAAAAGCUCGGUGAAGCGAGUUGUGUUAAAGCUCUCUGGUCAUAGGCCGCAAAGCAAUGAUGGCAUCACUCAGAGUAAGAUAGAAACAAUGAACCGUGACCAACUUAUCGAAGAACUCAAAAAGCGGCUGGAUGGAAGGAGGUAUUUCCUCUCGGUUGAUGAUAUAUGGUCUGUAGAAACAUGGGAGACCAUUAGAAAUUGGUUGCCACAUGAUAAUACAAAAGAUAGUAGAGUGAUAGUAACUACAAGAUUUCAAGCUGUUGGUGCUGCGUGCUCAGAAAGAGAUGGAACUGAUUAUCUGCACACUGUUAAUGUUCUAAGUGAUGUUGACUCCAAAAGUCUAUAUCAACAGGGUGCUUCUGAAUCCCCAAGCAGCAAAGAAAGAGAAAGAAUGGAUACAAUAUCUCAAGCUGUUGAUACCGGGUCCUCCGAAGGAGAUGGAAGUGAUCAUAUGCAUUCAACUGAUGUUCCUAGUGAUGUCGAUGAAAAAGAUCGGCUCAAUGAUCGUGUUUCUGAUCCACAAGGCAGCAAAGAUCGAGAGAAAGAAGCGGUCCAUGAGGAGAUAUGGAAAUACUGCGGGGGCCUGCCUUUGCCAAUAGUCACCAUGGCUGGCCUUGUGGCUUGCAACCCAACAAAAACCAAUGAUCAUUGGAGUAAAGUUUGCAAGUCAUUAUUUCCGGAGCAGGUGGCUCCGCUUACAUUGGAGGGGGUCACAAGGAUACUUGAUUACUGCUAUAAUGAUUUGCCAGCAGAUCUCAAGACUUGCUCAUUGUAUCUGAGCAUAUUCCCCAAGGGCUCGAAAAUUAGUAAGAAGCGUCUGACCCGGCGAUGGAUAUCAGAAUGUUUCGUCGCUGAGAAGCAAGGGUUGAGUGCAGAGGAAGUGGCAGAAACAUACUUCAAUCAGCUUGUAAGCAGGAAGAUAAUACGUCCUGUGGAUCACAGCAGCAAUGGGAAGGUCAAAUCCUUUAAGGUUCAUGACAUGAUCCUUGAAUAUAUCGUGUCCAAGUCAAGUGAAGAGAAUUUUAUUACUGUCGUUGGUGGACAUUGGCUGAUGCCAACUCCUAGCAACAAAGUUCGCCGACUCUCCAUGCAAAGCAGUGGUUCCAAGCAUGGGAAUUCCACAAAAGGCAUGAACUUGUCUCAAGUGCGGUCACUGACAGCGUUUGGAAGCCAGAACAGACGGCUCCCUUUCCAUUCGUUCAACAAUGGAAUAAUACAAGUGCUAGAUCUUGAGGGCUGGAAGGGUUUGACAAAUAAGCAUAUGAAUGACAUAUGUAAAAUGCUAGUGCUGAAGUAUUUGAGCCUCCGACGAACAGAGGUUUCUGAGAUUCCAUCAAAGAUCGAGAAGCUCCAGUAUCUAGAAACUCUUGACAUAAGGGAGACAAAUGUCGGGGUGCUGCCAAAAGCUUUUGGACAGCUCAAACAGCUUCGUAGCAUGCUUGGAGGGAACAAAAACACAAAGAAGGCUUUGAAGUUGCCACAUGAGAAGAACAAGGAGCCGAUGAAAGCACUUCGUAUCUUGUCAGGGAUUGAAAUCGGUGAGGACUCAUCAGCUGUAGCAAGCCUUCAUCAGCUGACAGGGCUAAGGAAGCUUGCCAUUUACAAGCUCAAUAUAAGGGAAGGUGGUCAGACCUUCAAACAAUUACGCUCCUCCAUUGAGUACCUCUGUAGCUGCGGUCUGCAGACAUUGGCAAUCAAUGAUGAGAGCUCUAAUUUUAUCAACUCUCUAGACACCAUGACCACUCCUCCAAGAUACAUCAUCGGCCUAGAGUUGUCUGGCAAGACGGAAAGGCCCCCAAAGUGGAUCAAAGGACUCAAUAACCUCUAUAAGAUUACCCUUUCUGUGACAGUUCUUCAGACUGAUACUUUCAAGCUCAUCCAGGACCUGCCCAAAUUGUUUACGCUCACCUUUACACUCAAUGCAGCCAAGGAUGAUAGGGACAUAGUGGACAUUCUUGAGGAAAAUAAACAGCUUACUGACAGGGAGAUCAUUAUUCCACCUGGAGGAUUCAAGAGUCUAAAGCUGCUUCGCUUCUUUGCAACUCUAGUGCCGAGGCUGAGCUUUGCAGUUACAGGAAGAGAGGUAAUGCCAGCACUGGAGAGGAUUGAUAUGCGGUUCGAAGCCUUUGAAGGGAUUUACGGCAUUGAGACUCUCAAAAGCCUCCAAGAGGUGCAUCUCAGUGUUGGUAAUCAAGCAGAUGAAAUAACCAAGUUCUUGGUACAAGAUUUGAAGAACACCCCCAAGUACUUGGAUGAAAAGUAUGCCAACAAGUGGCCAAAGAUAAUCACCGAGUGAAGAGACUGGAAUAUGUCACAUUAUCUUUUGAUUGACUAACAAAUCAUCUGGUACGUAUUGUAUAAUUAAGUGGGGGUUGUUUCAUCAAGUCUGCGUUGCCUUCUUGUAAUGCAUAUGUAUGUGGUACUGCUGAAUCCGUCACUGAUUCUUGUAAUUUGUACUUCUAUUGUAAUGUUACCUCCAUUAUUGAUCUUUUUGAACUUACCUCGUGUUCGGUUAUGGUAUGUAUAUAUCCCACAGUAUGUGUUUGAUUGAGAUUUUUGUACCCUAUA